AUGCUGCAAAAUGGGAAGAAGUUUGACUCUUCUCGAGACAGAAACAAGCCCUUCAAGUUCAAGAUCGGGCGACAGGAAGUCAUCAAGGGCUGGGAGGAAGGAAUCGCACAGGUGAGACUGCAUUGUCUUACGUUAGAUAAUGCGACUCCAUCUGCACUCAUAAUAUUUUAUGAUAAUAUUGCAACACAUGAUAAGGAAGCGUUGACAAUUUCUCUGUUGUCUCCCUCCCGCCCUCUCUCCUCCUCCCCUCUGUCUCCUCCUCCCCUCUCUGCCCCAGAUGAGUGUGGGCCAGCGGGCGAAGAUCACCUGUACGCCUGACAUGGCCUAUGGAGUCACAGGUCACCCCGGGGUCAUCCCCCCUAACGCCACCCUCAUCUUUGACGUUGAGCUCCUCAAGCUUGAGUGA